GCGCAUGCGCAGUAGCGGCGGCGGCAGGGGGCAGCGAGGCGGCGCGCGGCGCCCGGUCCCUGAGGCGGCGGCGGCGGCGGCGGGAGGGGAGGGGAAGGGAAGGGAAAGGAGCCGGGAACCGGGAAGCGGAGCCGGGCUGAGAGCGGCUCGGAGCCGCCCACAGGUAACCGGAGGCGGCCCCGCGGGCGGGACUGCGCCGCUCCGAGCCCCGCCGGGGUCCCAUGAGCUGAGGCGGCCGGCGGGGCCCCCCCCCCCCCCUUUUCACCUCACACCCACCGUGAGGCGAGGCCCGGCCCCGUGAGGCGAGGCCCGGUGAGGUGAAGGCGAGGCGAGGCCCGGCGGGGCCCUGCCCGCAGCCCCGGCCCCGCUGUCCCCUCCUGCUGCUGCUGCCGCCGCCGCCGCCUCAUGCUCGGCCGGCGCUGAGCCCCGCCCGGCCCCGCUGCGCUGCCCCCCUCCGGCUCCCCCUCCUUCAGCAGGCGCCGGGCCCUUGGAUGCCGCCGGGAUGGGCAAGGUGCUGUCCAAGAUCUUCGGCAACAAGGAGAUGCGGAUCCUGAUGCUGGGGCUGGACGCGGCCGGCAAGACCACCAUCCUGUACAAACUGAAGCUGGGCCAGUCGGUCACCACCAUCCCCACCGUGGGUUUCAACGUGGAGACGGUCACGUACAAAAACGUCAAGUUCAACGUGUGGGACGUCGGCGGCCAGGAUAAGAUCCGGCCGCUCUGGAGGCACUACUACACGGGCACGCAGGGGUUGAUCUUCGUGGUGGACUGCGCCGAUCGCGACCGCAUCGACGAGGCCCGCCAGGAGCUGCACCGCAUCAUCAACGACAGGGAGAUGCGGGACGCCAUCAUCCUCAUCUUCGCCAACAAGCAGGACCUGCCCGAUGCCAUGAAACCCCACGAAAUCCAGGAGAAACUGGGCCUGACCCGGAUCAGGGAUAGGAAUUGGUACGUGCAGCCCUCCUGUGCUACUACAGGGGACGGACUCUACGAAGGGCUGACAUGGUUAACGUCCAAUUAUAAAUCCUAAUGAGAGAGUAACUAUUUAGUCUACAAAGAAUUAAAAGAGAAAAAAAAAAAAAAAAAUAACCCACGUGGCUUUCCGGAAGAAUGAUUCUCUACUGAAAAGUAAAACAAAAGCAUCCAUAGGAUUAUGAUCACCUUUCUCCAGUUACCACCCUUUCCUUCCUUCUCCACACUUGACUGGAUUCCUGUUUUAACUCUUCUCGCUUGGCGUUAGGAUGCUCUAAUCUCCGAAUGUGACACGAACGCGAGCACUAGAUGCUAUGGCAGACUUCCAGCAAACAGGCGAAAGACACAUUGUAGACUUGCUAAGUAACUUUUUUUUUUUUUUGAUUUUUGUUUUUUUUUUUUCCUCUUGAUAGCCCUUAAGAUGGUUUGAUUAUUUUGGGGGACGGUUGGGGGAGGGGUACCAUUUUCAGCGUAUGCUUUCUGGUUCUACUUUUUUUUUUGAUUAUAUAUAUAUUUUUUUUCCCUCUUCUAUCACUUGCUGUAGAUUGCUACUUUUUUGCAUUCAUGCGGAAUAUGUUGCUAGGUCUCCUUCAUCUAGUAAACUGAAAAUUAUUGCUUAAAAUCAAACCGCCGUCUGUCUUUUUAUAUUAAGGACUUUUUUUUUUUAAAGUUCUGUUAAUCUGUAACCGAAUAGUGACUCUUGGUCUGGCUUCAUAUCUCAGACUAAUAACGAAACGAAUUCCUGCCGAGCGUGGCAGAUAGUGAGAAUACCAUUGUAACAUGUUCAAAGUGCAUAUCAGGCAUAAUGUUAACUAGGUAAUGUAAGAGCUGCUUUGAAAUGUCAGCUGUGAAGUUCUGAACCAUACAUCAUGCAUGAGGAGGGAUGCAAAUAAGUUCCCCAUACCACAUAGCAACCAUAUAGCAAAUAAGCCGUGAAUGAUGGGAGAGUUGCAGGGUCUCCACCGUUCGGUUUCUCUCUUGCAUUGCGAACUCGGGGAUGUGUAGCCGCAGUUUUUACUGCCUGGGCCAGUCUCCGGUUCAGUGCAAGACAGGUUCCUUCCAGAAAAAGGCAGCAGGAACGCGCAGGCACUGCAUCGAGUUUGACUUUAAAUCGCAGGCGUUCAGGCAAAAAUAUCUGGCGCCGACCUGCCUGCCUUGGGGAAAAGACGAGUUUUGUUUUACGGCGGCCGAAGGCGCCUCAGUCUGGAGAGGAUUUCCCAUUUGUGGUGGGGUGAGGAGCGCCCCGAUUGCCCACUUUUAGGCUGCCCAAGGGGCCGGCGCAGCGCCGAGCUUCCCCUGAGCUCCGAAGUUCUGCCAUCGCCUUGCCAUUUUGAGGAAAUGGCUCGCUGGGGUGGCUCCCCCAGGCGAGGCUGGGCUGGUGCAGACAGGGGCAGCCUUCGCCAGCUGUGUCCCCGCGGCGAGUUGUUGCUGAAGUCCUGCAGGAAGGGAACUCCGGUGGGUGGCUGAGGCCCAUUGAGGAACUGCUAAUGAGAGCGGGGAGGAGAGAGGGAGAAUACGACUAUGAAUGUAAACUUCCACAAGUAGUUCUUAAAGGGCGAGCGGCUCGCCGGCCCUGUCACAGCGUGCAGGUGUGGCUGGCGAAAAAAAAACCCCACCCAGAACCAGUAUUAGCCUAAAAUCUCGACCGAGUAUUAACGCUGGGUGCAAAAAACAGUCAAAGCAGCUGGUUCUCAUUCAGCCUUAAGGAUUAUCUUCAGUUUUCCUCAAGGAGUUAAACUCGAUUGGGGAAUUCUAGGAAUGUAUGCUACAAAACCAGAAGAAAAUGGCUUUUUUUUGUUGUUUUUUUCUUUCUUUCUUUUUCCAAGGAUCUGAGUUUUACAUGAGAUCGGGGGCAUUACACUACAUUUCCGCAGUGUUGACUCUGCAUGCAAAGCGUAUUGUAUAUGGAGCUCUUACCAAAGAUGAAGGGGAAGAUAAAACAAAAAUAUAUAUGAGUUCACCUCUGAAAUUGAGCGCUUGGGACCGCUUCAAAGUUAUUUGGGAACGCGGUUCCAGGCGGUGGAUCUUUUUGGGGUUGCAAAUGGGCCGGGAUGGGUUGGUGGUGCUGGAAGAUAGAGCACUGAUGGGCCGCGGGCUGCCCGAGCCGAGGGGAGCCCGCAGAAGUAAGCGGGGCGUAAAAUAACUCCUAGCUCUCAGCUCUGAAGCAGAGGAGGUGAGACUUGCCUUCUGCUCGAGUCUUCUUCUUGCCGUUGGGAUAUCACUGCUCUAUUUUCUGGCUCUUUACAAGCGCAAGGGUUUAUUUUUUUUUUUUCCUUCUGUCGAUGUAACUUAACGGUGUGGUGGUAUCGAGCCUAAAAAUACACGAAUGUGGUUACUGUUUUCUUCUGGAGCAUAAAUAAAAUAGCCAAGCACAAAGUAAAUGCCUAAACUGGAAAACUUGAAGCUCUAUUCAUGGUUCUUGAACUUUCUUAAGCCUCUUCUCAGUCAAAAUGAAAAUUUCAAUGACUUCACUUUCCGUCUGAGUUGAUUUACUGUGUGUUCUCUUCCAGCGCCGGGGCAGACUUCUUCGCUAGCCUUCCAUUGAGUUGCAGUCACGAUUUUGUAUUUCCUUAGCAGCUUUGUUACUUUAGAUAUUCUGUUUUUUGUAGGUGAGAAGGAAACUGAUUAUGCUUCUGAUUUUUUUUUUUUUUUGAAUGUCUUUUUUUUUGGUGGGGGGGGAGGGGGAGAAAAAGUUACUGAAGCGUGGCGGAGACUUCAAAAAUAAAUGGCCAUUGCUACCGAACACAACGCAGCGGUUUCACUUUCAAAAUCUCCUUUCUAGCUUAGAGCUGAACCUCACCACGAACUGGUGGCGAGCAGGCAGCGAACGCAGCCUGCGGGAGGAAGGGGCAAAUCUGUCAGCAAGCCGGUGAUUUUAAGAACUGAUCUGAAGUUCAAGCGCAUCAAUCUGUGUUCAUGUGAAUUUAUGGAGUAAGUUUUGAAUGGCGUUAAUCGUGUCUGAUCAGUGAAUGAGUUUGUAGACUGUGAUCUCCCUGACAAGUAAACAGGAAUUUUGUGUUCUCAAUAUGGCUGUAGUGUUGGUAAAGAACUAAUAAGCAGAAAAUAAAGCAAUUAUACAGCGGA